AUGUCCAAUGUCACACCGCCUUACAGGUUCCGCUCGAAACCAAAUUACCUCCCACAUACAAUAGGAACGGAUCCUAUCGUCGAGGAAUACAGCGUCCCCCUUGGACGGCCCAGCGAUGAGGACAAUGCCAAAUACUUUGGUAAAUGCAAGCGGUAUGCACAGGAAAUGGGCGUCACGAGGCCAAAGGGAUAUAAUGUCUCCUUUCACGUCAAUCCGGAGAUGGAGAAGCAUCACUUCGGCCAGACCCAUCCGAUGAAGCCCUGGCGUCUGACCUUGUCGAAAAGUUUGGUCUUCUCCUACGGCAUGAAUUUUGCCAUGGACAACUACACAUCGAGAGCUGCAACCUUUGAGGAGCUCAACAGCUUUCAUUCCAAGGACUACCUCGACUUUCUGGGAACAGUCAUGCCCGAAGCGCAGCCCCGAGACAUUGAGAACCCCACGCCGGAGCUCAUGUUCAACCUUGGUGGCUCCGACUGUCCCUUGUUCGAGGGCCUCUACGACUACUGCUCCAUGUCCGGCGGGUGUUCCCUGGACGCGGCACGCAAGAUCUGCUCGAAGCAGUCUGACAUUGCAAUAGCCUGGGGCGGUGGGCUUCACCAUGCCAAGAAGUCAGAAGCCUCCGGUUUCUGUUAG